CAGUAUUUUAUUAAUGGGAAAGCAGUCCUCUCUCUCUCUUUUCUUAUGAUAAGGUAAGACAUAAAAACUCUCACAUGAAAAAUGGUCUUAUAACAUCCCUUGCAUUAGAAGAAAGCUCCAACCAAAGAUCUGACAGUCUUGCUGAAGAAGUCCACGAGCUUGCAUGGAUACUGCUCAAUGGCCACAGGGAAUUGGAUUGGUCAAACCAAUGGAGGAGAUGGUGUCUACAACAUGCUCAAGGCCAUUGACUGAGAGGAGAGUAAGGCCACAGAAAGACCAGGCCUUGAAUUGCCCAAGGUGCAACUCCACCAACACCAAGUUCUGUUACUACAACAAUUACAGCCUCACUCAACCAAGAUACUUUUGCAAGACAUGUAGAAGGUAUUGGACUGAAGGUGGUUCCCUUAGGAACGUCCCUGUGGGAGGAGGCUCAAGGAAGAACAAAAGAUCAUCGUCAUCAUCGGCAGCGGCAGCUGCUUCCAAGAAAGUAUGUGAUCUCAACCCUCCAAAUUCCUCAAAAUCUCCAUCUCAGAACCCCAAAAUCCAUCAAGGACAGGAUCUGAACCUUGCAUUCCAAACCACCCAAGAUUACCAUAAGAUGCCUGAAUUUGUUGAAUUGACCGGCAAUGAGAACAGCAACAACAAACCUUCUUCAUCUCCUACUACUUCUCUUUCAGUUCUUGAGCUGCUGAGGAGUGGGAUGUCUUCAAGAGGAUUGAGUUCUUUCAUGCCGAUGCCGACGCCAGAUCCGAAUAUGGUAUACCCACCAGGGUUUGGUUUCCAUGAUCUGAGGCCCACCACUCUAAGCUUCCCUCUGGAUGGGCUUGGUGGUCAUGGUGGUGGAGGGUAUGGGAGUAUGCAAGGGGUGCAAGAAGGUGGUGGGAGGAUGUUGUUUCCUUUUGAGGAUUUGAAACCAGUUCCAAACACUGACUUUGAGCAGAAUAGAGGGCAAGGAGAUUCAUCUGGCUAUUGGAGUGGGAUGUUAGGUGGUGGUUCAUGGUAGAAAAAGAAGAAGAAGAUCUGGGUGUUUUUCUUUCCUUUUUCUUUCUAUUGGUGGGUGACUUGUUUGAACUUGUCUAAAACUAACAGAUAGGAUACAUGGAGUUUCUCUUUUCUUUUCUUUUCUUUUUAGCUUCUUUUUUUUUUUUUCUUUUUUCUUUUUUCUUUUUUCUUUCGUUAUUGUGGACAUUUGAAGCUUAUUUUAGGUCGGCUUCAAAAGGGUGUCAUGAGAAAAAGGAGUGGAUUUAGGCUGUGCGGAAAUAGCCCGGAUUUUUGCAAGGGCAAACAUGUAGAAGGAGCCUACUUCAAGGGCUGCACCAUGCCCUAAUUCAUGGAUCUUUGUCUCCAAAAGGAGGGAAAAACAGGCACCCAAUGUUAUAUGUUUUUGGUGGGUUUGUGGAAAUAAAUUUCAAGUUACUGUAGUAAGAGCUUGUGGAAAUUUGUGUGAAAAAAAAAAGAAGAAAAAAGACCUGUUUAUUUCUUUCUUUAUUUCAUUUAAACAAGGGAUGGUGUGGAGCUGUUUGGCAUUC